CGUCCGGAUUCCGCACGGAUUAAUUUCUCCCAUCAUACGGGCAGGAUCCCUGCCAAAUUUCCCCUUUUUUUCUAGAGCGCCACCAAUGCCCAAAAUCCAUCGCCUCUCUCCAUUUUGAGGCUCCUCUCGCCUCCCCGCCGGUUUGCGAUCUCUUCUUAUUUGCUCCGUUAACCUUUCAUGGCGUCAAUAUCUGGUAUGUACUCCCCCUCUUCUGCCGUUAAAAUCGGUAGAUCCCCUAUCACUAUCCUUCUCUCCCGCCGAGACGCCUUCUUCGUACCGAUCUCGCCGGCCGGCCGGUCCGUCCGGCUGGCGCAAUCCGUCGCCAGGGAUAUCCCUUCAGGUUUCUCUGCAGUCUCCAAUUCCCCAGCGUCGAAGACCGCUGCCGUAGAGAAGGACCAGGUUAGUCUUUGGCAUCGGUAUGUGGAUUGGCUUUACCAGCAUAAGGAGCUUGGGCUUUAUCUCGAUGUGAGCCGGAUUGGCUUCACCAGUGAGUUCUUAGAGAGAAUGGAGCCUAGGAUGCAGAGUGCAUUCGUGGCGAUGCAGGAGCUUGAGAAGGGUGCCAUUGCUAAUCCAGAUGAGGGCAGGAUGGUGGGACACUACUGGUUGAGAAAUGUGGCUCUGGCUCCCAACUCGUUCUUGAGGUCGCAGAUUGAGAAGACGCUAAACGCUGUAUCCGAGUUUGCAGACAAGGUUAUCAGUGCUCAGAUUAAGCCCCCAUCAUCUUCCCAUGGGCGUUUUACUCAAAUUCUCUCUGUGGGUAUCGGAGGGUCAGCUCUUGGUCCUCAAUUUGUUGCUGAAGCAUUAGCCCCUGAUAAUCCUCAUCUGAAGAUACGGUUUGUUGAUAAUACAGAUCCAGCUGGGAUAGAUCAUCAAAUUGCUCAACUUGGAACCGAAUUAGCAUCCACUCUUGUAAUUGUAAUAUCGAAGAGUGGAGGCACUCCUGAAACUCGAAAUGGUUUGUUAGAAGUGCAAAAAGCAUUUCGAGAUGCUGGCCUAGAAUUCCCGAAACAGGUUGUGGCCUCAGGUUUUUGUUUCUGCUUUUUAUCUUCUGUUCCCUCUUCCGCCAUCCUCCCGCCUGAGCCUCCUCCGCCGCCAUCUCCGCCGCCAUCUCCGCCGCCGCCUGCCAACGCCGAGCCCUUGCGUGAUCUCCGUCUCCCCUCCCUGCCCGACCGGGGCUUUGCCUGA